AUGUUUUCUGCUGAUACCCUUGUUGAGAAUUUUCCUGGUUCUGUUAAUCGAUGUAUGUUCGGAAACAUUCCCGUGUCUGUUUUUUCAAACCAGAAUCCUGAAAAUGGUUUCGACUUUGAAGAUUCUGUUUCAGUUUCUAUAUCUCCUUCAACUCAUUCAGAAUCUGUUACUGAUUCUGUUCCAUCUUCUGGUAUAAGUUCAAAUGGUAAUGAUUUGGGUGCAGGAACUGGAAAUGGAACUAGUACUUGUUCUGAGAGCUAUAGUAAUUGCAGUUACACCACUGAUAAUUCUAUAGUUGAUUGUGAUUCACCGGAAAAUAAUGCGUGUGAGGUGUUUGAUAGAAUACCUCAUGAUCCGUUUAGAGAGGUAGAAGCUGUUUUCAGUUUUCCAAAUGGGGCUUGGAAGAUGAAUGAAGAGAGUAAUAAUAAUAAUAUGGUUUUGGGUCCUAGAGGGUCAAGGGAAAAGAGAGGACAUUUGAUGAAUGAUAUUGGUAUAGAUGAGAGAAGUUACAAGGUUUCAGCUGUUUAUUCUGAUGAUUCAGAUCUAUCAGAGAUGUUUGAUGAGGUACUUCUUUGUAAUGAUGGUAAAAGUCCAUCCAUUUUUUGUUCUAAUCCUGAACAAUCACAUUCACGGGGAUCUAAUAGGAAAGCAUCACGUUCCAAGAAAGGUUCAAACAAGGGUAAAAGUCUAAGUACUACGGUAGAUUUAUGGGCUUUAUUAACUCAAUGUGCACAAGCUGUUGGUAGCUAUGAUCAAAGGAAUGCUAAUGACAUACUCAAGCAGAUUAGGCAGAACUCUUCACCUCAAGGUGAUGGACUUCAGCGUUUGGCUCAUUACUUUGCUGAUGGGCUGGAGGCGCGGUUAUCUGCUGGUACGCCAAUGUAUAAACUCCUUGAGUCGUCUUCUGCAGAUAUGUUAAGAGCUUAUAAAGUUUACAUCACAGCGUCUCCAUUUCAAAGGAUGUCGAAUUUCUUGGCCAACAGAACUAUUCUGAAUCUGGUGGAAAACAAAAGCAGCGUUCACAUUAUUGACUUUGGGAUUUUCUAUGGCUUUCAGUGGCCUUGUCUCAUUCAGCGUCUUUCGGAAAGAGCCGGUGGGCCUCCGAAGCUUCGUAUUACAGGAAUUGAUCUUCCUCAGCCAGGAUUUAGGCCUGCAGAGAGGGUUGAGGAGACGGGUCGGCGACUUGAGAAGUACUGCAAGAGGUUCAACGUUCCAUUUGAGUACAACUGCCUUGCACAGAAAUGGGACACUGUAAGACUUGAAGAUCUCAAGAUUGAUAGAGAAGAAGUGACAGUGGUUAACUGUUUAUACAGAAUGAAGAACCUCUAUGAUGAAACGGUGACCACAAAUUGUCCGAGAGAUGAUGUGUUGAGGUUGAUCAGGAGGAUUAAUCCAAGCAUCUUCAUACAUGGUGUAGUGAAUGGAACUUAUAAUGCACCAUUUUUUCUGACUAGGUUCAGGGAAGCAAUGUUUCAUUUCUCAUCAUUGUUUGAUAUGCUCGAAGCUACUGUGCCACGUGAUGAUCCAUAUAGGUUGAUGUUUGAGAAAGGGUUAUAUGGAAGGGAUGCAGUAAAUGUGAUAGCUUGUGAGGGGGCAGAGAGGGUUGAAAGGCCAGAGACUUACAAGAAUUGGCAGGUUAGGAAUAAGAGAGCAAGAUUCAAGCAACUUCCAUUGGCUCCUAAACUGGUGGACAGAGUGAAAGAAAUGGUGAAGAAGGAAUAUCCAAAAGAUUUUGUAGUUGAUGAAGAUGGAAAGUGGGUUCUGCACGGUUGGAAAGGACGCAUUCUGCAAGCUGUUUCUUGUUGGGUUCCUGCUUAA